GUGACAUAAACUCCAAAACAUUUGUGUCGCGCAGCUGAGAGUCGGUGAGAUCAGCGCGGAGGGAAGGAAGCGGAGAUGAAGCGGAGCUCGUUCCCCGGUUAGAGUCGGGGCUCCGCUGCCCUGCCUCGCCUCGCCUCGCCUCGCGGUGUUCCCGGUGUGUGUGUGUGUGUGUGUGUUGGAGUUUGCUAUGACGGGAACCGCCGCCGCUGUUAUUUUCAGGCGCGCGUGCGCUCCCUUCUCCAGUUGUCCAGGACAAGAUGGCAGCAGCGCGCACAGGCGCUGAGAGUUCUAAUAUCAGGGUGUAAAAUGUCCGGAGAAACAGUGGAGCUGCUGAACUGUUACUCUGCGUGAAGGUAUGGCCUCACAAGUCUUGGUCUACCCACCACAUGUUUAUCAAACCCAGACAAGUGCCUUUUGCAGUGUGAAGAAACUCAAAGUCGAACCCAACAACUGUGUUUACCAUGAGAGGGCCUUCCCACUGACUUUUUUGAAUGAUAGAUCCCUUGGCAUUGGACAGCCAACGAAAUUUGCAACAACGUACAAGACACGGGGCUUUGCAGGAGGCAGACACCGUGGGGACUUUCCAGUGCAGACUGUCGCUGUACAAGGUGUACAACGACAACCUACCAGUGCAGCAGCACAUCACCAAGAAAGAGGUGUCCCGUUACAGGGCAAAGAGCUGAAACAUCUGGAAAAAGGCAGGAGCAGCAGUGGAGCUACAGGGGCAUCUGGAGUGGUCAGGGGCAAGGACAACGGGAGUAGUGGGGGAGGAGGAGUUGUUGGUGGAGGGGCCGACGAGGACAGGGAAGAAGACGACUGUAGUUCUAACUUGGCAGAUGGUUCCCAGCGAUGUGGUUUGAAACGUAAGAGUGAGGAGCUGGAGAACCAGGGGAACGCCAUGCAGAUAGUGGAGGACCUGUCAAUGUUGCCUGCAAUGUUACAAACGAACGUGGGGAACCCGCCAGUUGGGGUCCCAGCAGCUGUAGCAGCAGGGCCAGUGAAACAAGGAGGUGGAACUGGCAGUGGGGAUGGCGACUACCAGCUGGUGCAACACGAGGUGCUUUGUUCAAUGAAGAACACCUAUGAAGUGCUGGACUUCCUUGGCCGUGGUACCUUUGGCCAGGUGGUCAAAUGCUGGAAACGAGGCACUGGUGAGGUAGUGGCGGUAAAGAUCCUGAAAAAUCAUCCGUCCUAUGCACGGCAGGGCCAGAUUGAGGUCGGCAUCUUGGCCCGUCUGAGCGGAGAGAAUGCGGACGAGCAUAACCUGGUGCGGGCUUUCGAGUGCUUCCAGCACCGUAACCAUACCUGCCUUGUGUUCGAGAUGCUUGAGCAGAACCUAUACGACUUCCUCAAGCAGAACAAAUUCAGCCCGCUGCCUCUCAAGGUGAUACGGCCCAUUCUUCAGCAGGUUGCUACCGCGCUGAAGAAGUUGAAGGCCAUGGGUCUGAUCCAUGCCGAUCUGAAGCCUGAGAACAUUAUGCUUGUGGAUCCUGUCCGGCAGCCAUACCGGGUGAAGGUCAUCGACUUUGGUUCUGCCAGCCAUGUCUCCAAAGCUGUUUGUUCCACGUACCUCCAGUCGCGGUACUACAGGGCUCCGGAGAUCAUCCUGGGCCUGCCGUUUUGUGAAGCCAUAGACAUGUGGUCGUUGGGCUGUGUGAUCGCGGAGCUGUUCCUGGGCUGGCCUUUAUACCCCGGGGCUCUGGAGUACGACCAGAUCCGCUACAUCUCACAGACGCAGGGUUUACCGACAGAGAACCUGCUGAACCUGGGGACGAAGACGUCUCGCUUCUUCUGCAGAGAGUCGGACUCACCGUACGCUGCAUGGAGACUGAAGUCCACAGAGGAACACGAGGCAGAAACCGGGAUGAAAUCGAAGGAAGCCAGAAAGUAUAUUUUCAGCUCUUUGGAGGAUAUUGCGCAUGUGAAUUUGGUGAUGAAUCUGGAAGGCAGUGACUUGUUGGCUGAGAAGGUGGAUCGUGGAGAGUUCGUGCUCUUGCUAAAGAAGAUGUUAUGGAUCGACGCGGAGAACAGAAUCAUCCCUGGAGACGUCCUCAACCAUCCCUUCGUCACCAUGCAGCACCUGCUCGACUUUCCUCACAGCAGUCAUGUGAAGUCAUGUUUCCACAUCAUGGACGUGUGCCGGCCACGCCCCGGGGCGUACGACAGUGUCAACCGGAACAAAGCUUCGUUCGCGAGACCGCCCACAACCUCGGCGCCCAACCUCCCCGUCCCCUACAGCAAGAUGGCUGCCGUCCACACGCAGCCCUUAGCUCCAUCUGCUCCCUCUGUCAUGCAUCCUGCGAUCCCGCUCCAAACAGGAAGUGCUCAGUUUGGGGACUCAUUUCAGCAAGCGCUCAUCAUCUGCCCUCCGACCAUCCAAGGUCUCCCUCCCAACCCCAACAAGCCAGCGGGUUACUCGGUGCGAAUGGAGAGCACGGUUCCGCUCGUGACCCAAGCCCCCGCCAUCCAGCCUCUGCAGAUCAGACCAGGCGUCAUCACUCAGCAAGCCUGGUCCAAUCGGGCGCAGCAGAUCCUGGUACCGGCCUGGCAGCAGGUGACCCCGGUGGCGUCCGAUUCUGUGGCAGGACCACAGAGGCUGGCGGACUGGGGGAAAGUCCGGCCUCAUGGGAACCACUACAGCUCCAUCCUGCCCCACCCCCAACCUCUAUUAGCCAAUCACAUGACAGCCAUUUCAGCACACCAGCCAAUCAGCAUCGGUAUCGCUCAUGUGGUGUGGCCGCAACCGGCAGCCAACAAGAGAACCAAGCCCUGCGUGAACAGGACGAACUUCUCACACAACAGCAACACGCACACCUCGGCGUGCCAUUCCCCGAAGACCACCGACGGCCGCAAGCACGCCGAGGUUCAGGGUCCUGAAACGGAAGAUUGUGUGGUGGAGGCGGAGUCACAGGCGCAGUCACAGGAGGAGGAGGAAGAAGAGGAGGAGCCUGCAUGCUGUAAGGUGGAGGUAGAGGUGGAGGCGGAGUCAAAUGGGCUGGGCGUGUCUGAGAAGCAGAGGCAGGCCGUGACGGGAGACACACAGAGUCCAGCGGGCAGCGUGAUCAGCAUCAGCAGUGAUGAAGAGGAGGAUGAGGAGGAGCCGAGAGCACAGAGGCACUCGGUGGAGUGUAAAGGCAGUCCGGAGUGUGAGGCAUGUCGGAGUACACUGAACAUGGAGCGUGUGUGUUCUCUCAGCAGCCCUGACUCCAGUCUCAGUACCAGCUCAUCAGCAUCAGUGCAGUCCAGCAGCUCCCCCUGCAAGAGACCCAACAGCAUGUCUGAAGACGAGCGAGAGAGCGGCUGUGAUACGGUAGACGGCUCUCCUGCCUCGGUCUCCUCUGGCCGAGCGGGCAGUCCGUUCCUGGAAAGCCGUUACCUGGCCGACGGGAAUCAGAACCAUAAAAGCAUGAACGCGGAGAUGGAGAUGAGCAAAGCCCCUGUACGGACCAUGGUGGUGCCUCCCAUGAGGGUACAGAACAACAACAACAUCAACGAACCGACAGCCAGGACGGUUCUAGAGCCGUCGUGCCAAUCGAAAGGUCGCACUGGCACCAUCAGACAGCUGCAUCACUCCACCCCGCUCCUGAACCGACCGCAGAAACUCCUCCCUCCAUCCCAGCAGCCACCGCCACCACAUUUUGGGCAGCUCCAGCAUCCCGCCUCGUCCCACACAGAAUGGAACGGCAACUACAGCCACCGGCGCCCUCAGGCUUUCAUCCCUCCCACCGUGCAUGGCCACGCCUUCACCCUUCCACAUGGCAGCCCCACCCACUCUACAGCCCAUCCCCCUGCCCCGCCCCUGGGUAUCGUCCACCCCCACGCACAGCCCGCCCUGCUCUCUUACCCGCCUUCGGCUCCUCUGGUGCCAACCGGCCCCAUGCCGCACCUCCUGCCCUCGCCUGGUACUACACGGAGCCACGUGCUCCUUUCGCACCCGGCCAGGCACCUGGUGCACCAGGUGAGCGUGGGCAUCAGUGCCCGCCUCCUGCCCUCGCCCACACUCCACCCUCAGGGCCAAUUCAAACCUCUCUUCCCUUCACACUCGUACAUCGCCUCUCCCGCCUACGCAGGCUUUCCCCUCAGCCCCACCAAACUCGGCCAGUACUCCUACAUCUGACAGCCGCAUCGGGGAACCUCACAGGAACCACGAAUCAUCUGGUUUUCACUUUCAUGCCCAAAGCCAUGGCACAAACAAGAACGCAAGCUGUUAAUUUUUUUUUCCCUGAACCACGUCAACUCGGGUGCAAUUGAACUUUCAAUCAAGCUUUAAAAAAUAAAUAAUCUACAAAUGUUUUGAAGGUAUUUGCAAGUUGGUGAAGAACGCAAACAGGAAAAGCAAGUAUGGAUGAUUGGGGGAGGGGAAAGACGAUGUGACAAUUUUUGCACAUUUUCUACAAAUUGUCAGAUUUUCAAACGAAGCACUCCUCCUCCAAACAGGUGAAUAAAAAGGAGUGAGGGGGGGAAUGAUUAAAAAAGAUAAAAUGAUAUAAUCGCCCUCGCACCUCCUCCUCCUCCUCCUCCUCCUCGUUAACUCUCAAAUCUAUUUUUCUAUAUUGCCUUCUGAAUUGUGCGAGACGCAUCUUCGUUUGUAAAGCCGCCCCAGUAUCCUGGUCACGAACCCCACGUCCACGACGUCGUGAUGUUCUUUCUGCCUUUUCGAAGUAUUUAUAAUAAUACUGGUGUGGUUUCAGUGUCGGGUUAGAAACGUGGUCGUUCCUCACGCUGCAUGUCUUCUUGCAUGAGCCGCAAAUGUCGACGUUGGAUCGGAUCGAAGAGAUGCCAAUAGAUGUCGCUCUUAAAUGUUUGUCAUGACACUCGCUGCAUCGUUUCAACGCGUCCUCAGCCAUAGUGCCUUAAAUAUUUGAGGUUGUUCAUGUUACUACUUAUAUAAAAUCUAUAAUAUAUAUAAAUAUAUAUUAAAUAUAAAUGUAUCGGACUGCAGCACUUGAAAUUGAGAAAUUUUCAGUCCGUGCAUUCUGCGUGUGUGUGUGUGUGUGUGUGUGUGUGUGUGUGUACGCACAGGUGUAUGCUUUUCAUACCUGAUUUGGCAUGGAUGUAUCGCAUUGCACAAAAAAAAAUAAUAAUUGAAUCUGAAACGUAGUCGGUUCUUUCUGUUUAGUUUUAUGAGGACGGCAUGCUUUUGCUGUAGCGAAACGCUUGCUGUUUGUUUUUCGUCUUUCUUACCUUCGAUGAAUGAACUUGUGUACAAAAAGCAAGCAUUGAAUACCGCUUAACGUUUGAUAAUCGAUUUCUAUUAAGUGGUGAAAAGAAAUAAAAAUUACUACUAACAGUGUUUGUACUGUUUAAAGAAACUGCAAUACAAUCAAACUAGUCCUCGAUUCUCGGAUGUCUGUGUGGGUUUUUUUUUUUUUUUUCAUUUUUAAAAAAAAUUAUAUUAUUUUUCUCGUUUUCUUUUGAAAUUGUUGGAGUUUGGUAUUCUAGAUGUGUAGAAAUGUGGUGGGCAUGGCUUUGACUAGAUGAUGAAAUGCAACUCGGUCUCUGAUUCAUGGUUUGGGUUUAUCUUCGCCUCACAGACCAUGCAGUAUUUGGAAUCUAAUCUACUUUAAUCUAUAUGUCCGGUAUAUCUAAUCGAGCUAGUCUACUAGAGUUUAGUGCUGAAGCUUGACGAGGUGUGACUUUAUUAUUAUUAUUAUUAUUAUUAUUAUUAUUAAUCUUGUGCAAUCUUCUCAUUUAUGCAUGUGUGAAACGGUUUAACGUGUUUUUAUUUCUAUAUUCUGUAACUUGUCGACUGCUUAUUUGAAACAUUCCGUCAGGGAGACAAUACGUACGCUUUGUGCAGAUUUCUUGAUCUGAUUUUUUUUUUUUUUCCGAUAAUCGUGCGUGUACACUUUUUUUUUUUUUUUGUGGGUCUUUUUUCUUUUUAAUAUAAAGUUGCUUGUGCAGCACCAAAGACUGUAAUUCGUAAUUAACUCGUUUUCUAAGCAAGGUAGCUACUCUACUCUACUCUACUCCCCCUGCAUAGACCUCAUGUAUACUGUAGUGAUUAGUCCUGGGGUAAGUUUUAAGAAUAAACGGAAAUGUAUUUGAAAUAUGGCUUAGGGUUAUUAGCGUUUUAGGUUCAGCUUUCUGAGCAAGUAAUAAGACGCAUCAUCUAUCUUGAAUGUAUCCUAGAUAAGCUGCUAUAUAAUAAUAAUUAUUAUUGCCACUUCAGAUAGCUGUGAAAUUACUUUUUUUUUUUUUUUCUUGGUUCAUAUCAUCUGCGUUUUGUAAUUUUUUUUUCUUUGUAUAGUUCUUUCUUCUUCCCUGAGAUAGAAGUAUUUUGGUUGAAUAGUUUUGCUUUACUGUUUGGAGUGUAACUGUAACUACUGUACCGCUGAUGAUGAUGAUGAUGAUGAGUUGGAGUUUGUUGAUGCUCUGUGGUGUUUUGCAUCAGUAUUUUAACUUUCAGUAACUGUUCUAGAUGUAACUUUGCAUUUUUUUCCCCCUUUUUGUCAGUUUACUUUUUUGUUAAAUGUUGAUCAAAGUGAUAGUUUGCAGAACGGGCAGAUGUUUUCAUUUUCAUUAUCAUUAAUCAACACUCCCCCCCCCCCCCCCCCCCUUUUUUUUUUUUUUAAGGUUCCAUCUUGCACAUUUUCUGCACUUAACUGGAUCUCCAGGAUUGUUAAAAGAAAUCCAAUGUUCAGAGUUUUAUUGAGCUUCAUAAAUGACCUAACUGAUUUGAUUUGAUUUUUUUUCCCCUUUCUUUACAAGGAGGUAACACUUUCUAUAAAGCUGACACGGUUAAAGAUUUAUAGCUGUGCUUAUAAUACUUUAUUUGGUUGCAUUAGGAUUAAAAAAAAAACUUAAAAAAUGAAUAAUGCCUUAUAUAGCUCCAAUACCACCGUAUAAUAGAAUUGAAUUCUAGGAGCAUAAAUGUUGCCUUCUGUUAUAAUAAUAAUUGUUAAUUUGGUUUUAUUUUUAAAUCAGCAAACACAUUUUAUGAACCUUAAAUAUUCCAAACUUUUUUUGUGUGUGUGUAAAAUAUUUUGUAAAGAAUUUUUGUUAAUUUUUUAUUUUAUAUAUAUAUAUAUAAUAUAAACCCGUUCUAAAGAGGAGACCAUUAAGGCUUGACUAAGUUCAGCAUGAACAUUACAGUCAAAAUGAGUUAACCCAUUCGAUUAAAUAUUAUUUUUAUUAGUUUUUUUUUUUAAAUAAAAAAAAUCCUUUAAAUAUCUAGAAACAAAUCACUUUUUCCUGAGACUUUUUAGGUGGAUUUCUAGAUUUAAAACAAAUUUCAGAUAUGUAUAAUGUGAUUUUAAAUAUAAAGAUGGUUGAUGAUGAUAAUUUCUUAAUACACCAUGAAAUAUCUAAGAAAGGAAUCCUGUGUUCUUCUGCACCGAUGUUUCCAGACACGUAUUAUUUAAAUUUCCCUCUCAAAUAAUUUCCACACCUGUAUCAGUUCUGUAAGUGUGCUAUGAUAUUGGGGCUCGACACUGAGAAUAAUUAUAACAGCAGUUAUAUUAAUUAAUUUAUGAAUAUGGGCUUCAUAUAGAAAGUGUUUCUGAAAUUUUGUUCUCAAUCAUUUACUUACAAUAAAAGCAUUAAAAGCUUCAUCUCCAUGUUCGUGUCCUGCAUGUGGAUGAAGCGGAAUGUGUUUUUAUUAUAACCAGUGGUUUUUGUUUGUUUGUUUGUUUGUUUGUUUGUUUGUUUGUUUGUUUGUUUUAAACAUUGUUAAGAACCAUGUGUGUGCGCGCCUUUAUUGAGGAGACGUAUGUAAUGAAACAAGCUUCGCUGCAGAAUGCAGUCUGAAUACGAGAGUUUAUCCUCCUGUUCCAGGGAUCCAAAUACUGCAAUUUGACCAUUUUUUACAGUUAACGUUUCUGUAUCCAUUAGUUCAGAUGUUUAGUUUCCAGAGUUUCGUUCUGGAGAAGAAAACGUAAAUUUGGAGUUGUAUUUUGAUCCCUGUGAAAUGACCUUCACCAGCAAAUCCGUCUCAUUAAUGGAUCAGAGAUUGUCAGAAAAAUGACUGUACUUUUAUUUUCAUACACUUUUUUUCAUUUUUCCCCGAUAAUCAACCUACUGAAAGACUUCUUAAAAUCAUUAUAUACACAUCAGUGCUGUUUUUAUUUAUCCACCAUCUGACUGUACUUUUCUUUUUCUCCUGAUCAGCCGAUUACAAGACUGCAUUUUUAUCACCGUUGCUAUUAUUAUUAUUAUUAUUAUUAUUGUUCCUACUAAUCUAUUGUUGCUACGUUGUUUUGUUUUUUAAUCUAUCCACUUAAUUCAGGGUGUUUGUACUAAUCUGCUGUUGCUACUGUAUUAUCCUGAAAUCACCUCUCAGUAUGAAGGCUUGUAAAAGUCCGAAUGCGUAUUUUUUUUUUUCCUGGGUUUCAAGUUCCUGCGAUUUACAGCGUUUUUGCUUAUUUGACUCACCAAGUAUGAAAUAGAAGUUGUUACUCGUGUCAGUUCUGUGGCUUUUGUUUGCUUUUUUUGUUUAAGUCUCGUUCGAUGCUACACUCGUUUUGCCAUGUAGCAAUUGCACUGUGCAAUAUUUGACCGUAUGAGGAUCGGGGGGGGAUUUUAACUCUCGGAUGUGACAUCUUUACAGUUUGCGAUUAGUGUAUCCUCUCUAGUUCUCAGUGACUUGGAUGUGACCGGGCUUCGUCACAUUAAGCGGGUUUUCCAGGCGACUCUUUUCGGUGAGUGUCAUAAUAAAGAGUUUAUGGUGUAUUGUCAAGAUUCACUUUGAAUUAAAAUCUAUUGCUGCA